AUGGAUAGUAUGUAUGAUGCCGUCUUCCCAGCUUUAGCAGGCCAGCUGGGGGCAGGCCGGCAGAGGGCAAAUGAUGACUUUGCGUCCGUGCUGGUGCAGGUGCUGGGGGUGAAGGAGAGCGCUGAUCUGCAGGAAGGGUUUGGGUUCUUUGUGCAGCAUGUGCUGUCAGGCGGGCUGGAGAAGGCGCAUGCGGCAGAAGGCAGUGCAGAGCAGAAGGGGAUUCCUGGAGGGGGGCUGGACCUGAUGGCUGCGAACAUGGAAAAGGUCAAAGGGGUCGCUAGCAGGUGCGGGAGGAUUGGGAAGGGUGGGCAGUGGAGGGAGCAUCUGAAGGGGCGUGUGUGGGAGAGGUAUGUGGAUGGCAUGGCUUGGAUUCUGGAGCAUGGAGGUGGGGAAGGGAGGGAGUUCAGGUGCAGCCACUGCAGUGAGGGGGGUAGCAGCAGCAGCAGCAGCAGCAGCAGCAGCAGCAGCAGCAUCAAUCUAGCAGGCAGGGAUAUUCCCAAGGGCAUGUAUGUGAGUGGCGUGGGUGCGACUGAUUUCGCUAUUGCAGUCGCCUCUGUGUUCUCCAGGCCAGAGCACCGCAAGCUGGGAGCGACGUUCUUCACCGCGUCUCAGAGCGCAUCCAGCAGCAAUGUGCAUGAUGCAGCCAUUGAGGAGGCCAGGGGGAGGCUGAGAAAGCAGAAACUGACAAGUGGGAAGCAAGGGAUGAACGAGGGAGGGAAAUCAGGCAGCGGAGUGGAAGCAUCAGCAGCUGCACCGGCAAAUGGAAGACCAGCUCCCAGUGCUGCUGCGCUCUCAUCCAGAGCUGGAUCUGCUGUUGACAGCAGCGAUUCUGCUGGUAUCAGUACAAGCAGAAGCAUCAGCAGCAGUGGGAUGCUCAGUCAUUGCCUCGUGCCUGUCAACACAGACCCUGAUCUUGGGCUGCUCACAUAUCGGGUUGCUCGCAUCUUGCAGUGGCUUCGGAUCUACGGCUCAGAUUUCAUCUCCGCCAAUAGCUGCUUCAAGGACAGCCCACAAGGCAAGGUCCUGCCCAUGCGCCACCCGCUUCGGGAUCUUCCGGACCUGCUGGUUAGGUUCGGCGCUGUUCCCCCGCUGCUGGACGGACGCAGCCGACUUGCUGAGUGGGUAGACUGGUCUGAGGGGAACGAAACAGCUAUGAAGUUUCCUGACGACUCCGGUGCCAGAUGUUUCGGGCUGGGCCGGAUGAAUGGCAGUCUGGAUCACAAGAACAGAGGCCAUGUGGCAACGCAGCAGCAGGGGAAGUUCUCGAAAUCUCCCACUGAAGAAGUGCCGUCGCUUCAAAACAAGACCCGUCCCAUUGUCCGCUGUAAGGCAGAUGCGGAGUUUAUAGUGGACUUCGUCAGUUUGUUCGUGGGGCCACCAUUGUGCACCCAGUGCAAAAGGUGCAUCACCAGGUACAUAUCUCGAGUUCCCAUCGUCGCUCUCAUCGCCAACUUCGCCUAUUGCCCCGCCACAGUCCUUCUCGACCACUUCGUCUCCGUCUUCCCGCCGCACACUGAGCUGUUCCGUGACCUUCUCACCCGCCUGGGGCUGAAUGCUCCCCUUGGCAUGCGGAGCAGCAUGCAUGCGCUACGGGAGCGGGUGGAGCAGGUGCCAAUCGCCUUCUUGCUCAACCUGGCGCUUCUCUGCCCCACACCUCUCCUGCAGCCGAGUGAAGGGGGGCACGAUACAAAGCCCGGCCUGGGAAUCUCUGGUGCGAAAGAAAAGGCUGGCGGGAGGAGUGCAGGGAGUAGGGACUGUGCGGUGGGCAGGGAGGGCAGCGGGAUUGGGGAGGGUGGGGAUGGUAAAGUUGAUAGUGGGUUUGUGUGGGAGGAGGUACAUUCCUGGUUAAUGGUGGCAAUGCUGCCGUCUGCUGAUAUGAAGGGGGCCGGGGCCGCCUGCAGCGGAACCCAGGGAAGGGAGGAGGAUGUGAGUGCGAGCUUGGAAGCAGUGGGAAAGAUGUAUAAGCGCUCUCUGCUGCCCAGGUUCCGUGAAGACAUGCAGCAUGGGGGUGGAACUUUCAGUUCAUGUGGCGGCAGCAGCAGCAGCAGCAGCCAUAGCAAGCGGAAGGCCAAGGAGGAGGAGGAGGCGGCUCAUCUGAAGGCAUGGCCGGGGGGAGUCAAUCUGGUGGCAUGUCUGCGAGAGAUGCUGCUGGGGGAAGUGUGCUACCGCCCUGCCUCCGCUGCUGCCCCUACCACCCCUGCUGCUCCAAUUACUGCUGCUGCACCGAACAAUGCAGCCCCGUCCGUAUCAGUAACAGGAGGCCCUGGUCUUGUUGCUAGUAGGGGGCGUGUAUGCGGUGCUGGAGGGUGUGGGAAGGUGGAGGGUGGUGGUGUGAAGCUGAGGAGCUGCAGUGGGUGUGGCAAGGUGGCGUAUUGCAGCAGAGAGUGCCAAAAGGCGCACUGGCCCUCCUACAAGCUCACAUGCCCCGGCAGGACCAGCGGCAAAAAGAGUGGGACGAACCGUGGCAAGGCCUGA